AUGACUUCUGUUUUACCCGCACACCCAGCUACUUUCAAAGCCUCGAAUUCGCUGCCCUCUGCCGGCCCUGCGACAAUGGCGACAAAACACGAGCCGCGAACGAGUCCGCAGCACUUCAUUAAGCAAGAACACGAAAUGGGGAGAGGGAGACUGCGGGAGAUCUCCGAGGACAAGGAUGCCGACAUCAUGGACGACGAUGGCGACGAAGGAAAGGCCGGUUCCUCUAACUCGGAAGGUGGUCCUGCUAGGAAAAGACGGAGGAGUCGCAAAGGCUUGGACAAAAAGUUUGAAUGUCCUCAAGAGGGCUGUGGAAAGAGCUACUCCAGAGCCGAGCACUUGUACCGUCACCAGCUCAACCACACGCCCAAGCAGAUAUAUGCUUGUGACUUUCCUGAUUGCAGUCGUACUUUCGUUCGGCUUGAUUUGUGUAACCGCCAUAGAGACCGUCACACAGCCAAGGGGUCUGCCCUGAACCGUAAGGACUCGAUGAUGAGCCAUAUCUCCCCUACUACGGAUCGCCCACCUUUCCCACUGCCUGGGUCUGCUUCGCCCGAGAUUAGUCGGCCGGGAACGGGCUUCGCCAAUAUGCGGCAAGCCCAAAUGCAAUAUCAGUCGCCCAAGGACGUAUCUGGCAGUCCGUUCAUUCAGGCAACCAACACACCACCGGGAUACCCAAUAGGUGUGCACCCUGGUGGAAUGGACGGCUACAUGCAUCACGACAAUGGGUACGGAGGCGUUCAGGCGCAUCGCCCCCCGCAACAGUCUCCGAGCGGACCAAGGCCGGUUGGACAACCCAACGGGUCUUACAUGUCCCCGGUUGCCAAUCCACACGGCUACCACACCCAGCCGCACAAUACCCCUCAGUCUGCAGCAUACACAACUCAGCAGAACUUCCCGCAAUUCAACUUGCCGCCCUCCGACUUCUCCAACGGCGCGGGUAACGUACCCCGCGAGGGCCAAACAUACGCACCGACCACGUCGGCCGAGUACAGUGAACAGGGUCAUCCCCAGCAGUCAGGCGAGAUGAUGCUGCUCGAUCAGAUGUCUAUGCCUGGGACGAUCCCCGUUUUCGGGAGCGACAGCAUCUUGAGCAAAUCACCAUAUGUCACAAUCCCCGAAGAUUUCGUUGCCUACCUCUUUAACACGCAACAAGGAGGUGAAGGCUCACCCAUGGGCCAGAUGGUGGCUCCCGGGUACGUUCACAACUACGGCGAGUACCAGAAUCCCUAUAGCGUCCCCUAUGUGGGAACAGAGGGCGUGCCUAUGGGAUACUUCCCCUCAGGCCCUCAUCAAGUCAUGGCUGUCAACAACCUGCUGGACCAGAAUCUUCCAGAGGCUACGAUAUCUGAGGAGAAGAGCCAAGAGAUUUAUGACUUCAUCAACCAAAGGUUUCACGACAACGAUGAAGCUCCGGCGAUGCGACAGCGUGAAAGCAUCUUGGAGGGUGACCGCAGCGACGGCGACCACAUGCUCAGCAAGCGCAUGAUGCAGGCUUACAUCGGCUCGUACUGGGUUCAUUUCAGUGACCAGAUUCCCAUCCUUCACAAGCCUACAUUCUCGCCUGACCGGACUCCGAAUCUGCUUCUUCUAGCAAUGAUGACGAUAGGUGCGGCAUGCCUCGACAAGACACACGGCCACAAGGUCACAAAAGCGGGUGCUCAGCUGUCCAACUUUAUCGCCUGGCACCUGAGAUGGGAGAUUUUCAUGGACCCGAAUUUCAGGCCGCCGGCAAAGCUGUGGCUGUUCCAGACACUUCUACUUCUUGAACUGUACGAAAAGAUGUACUCAACUAGAGAACUGCACGAGCGAGCCCACAUCCACCACGCAACCACAAUUACCCUGAUGCGCCGUGGAAGAUCGCUCAUUGGCAAGUCAUCUCUCGACUCGCCACCCAACCCUCGGGACGACAAGACGAACAGCUCGCGCCAUUCCUCGGCAUCCGGCGUGGCCCACACCGCAGACGAGUGGUGGAAUCACUGGAUCACCAACGAGUCGACAAGACGAGCUGCAUUUGCUGCUUUCGUCAUAGACUCCAUUCACGCUACAAUGUUUGGCCACUCUACGGUCAUGGUCACGCACGAAAUGAGGUUGCCUCUGCCCUGCGAUGAGGCGUUGUGGAAGGCUACGAGCGGUGCGGAAGUCGGUAGAGUUGAUUCCAAUCUACUGUCCAACGGUGUCAAGCCGAUCUCUUUCCUGGAGGGUCUGAAACGAACCCUCAGUGGCCAGGGCGUACAGACCAAUCCUUUCGGUCGUAUGGUCCUCAUGGCCGGCCUCCUCAGCGUUAGCUGGCACAUGAAUCAAAGAGAUCUUCAGGUCAACGUUCUUGGCGGCGGCGUGUCUCAGGCACUGGGCGGUAGAGACAAAUGGCGGGGAACACUCACCAGGGCCUUUGACGCAUGGAAGGAAGAUUUCGACAAGUCCCUCACAAGGACAGAAGGCUCUUCUGACCCAUACCGCUUUGACUCGGCAAAGAAGAAUGACGCCAACGUCGUCUUUGAGAGCCGCACCGUACUGCAUCAUCUUGCUCAUAUGGCAAUGCACGUUGACAUUGUCGACUGCCAAAUCUUUGCUAGGGCAAAGCGGCUUCUUGGACGAGCUAUUGGGCAGCAAGAUCUCAACAGUGCUCAACGAAGGAUGAAGGACAUUUGGGCGCCAACUGCCAAGGCCCGCGACGCGACCUUUUAUGCCCUCAAGUUCAUCAGCUCUGUUCUCAUACCCGAUGGCGGCCAUGCGCAUCAACCCAACGGCUUCAAGUCCGAUGAGCCGUACACUGCGCGAGACGACGUACUGCUCAACAGGCCUUGGGUUCUGUACUUUGCUGCCCUUGUCGUAUGGUGUUAUGGAUUCGCCCUAGAAGGCCCCUGUCCUGAAGUCCCGCUCCCGACAUCCAAGCAGGAACAGGUACGGCAAAUGCGAGAGUAUCUUUUGAAAUACGGCGGCGCGUCCUCGCCAGACGAGCUCAAGGCGAUGAAGGGCAUCAACGAAAACACCGCGAUGCUGCUAGUUCUCAAGGACUCAUUUGAAACCACUCGUUGGGAGCUGUUGCAUGAGGGCGCCAAUCUGCUCAGCAAUUGUCUCCAGCUGAACGCUGGGGCUACCGCGAUGUAA